UCUUCUUUCUCCUCCUCUCAGUCUCAAAGCCUCACGCGAUUCCCAUCGCCUUUUUGCUCUCCCUCCCUCUCUCUCUCUGAGCGACUGCGUUUCUUCCUCUCCUCUCCGAUUUUCCGUCUUGAGCUUCUGUAAUGGCCGGAAAGGGAGAGGGUCCGGCGAUCGGUAUCGAUCUCGGCACCACUUACUCCUGCGUCGGAGUUUGGCAGCACGACCGUGUCGAAAUCAUCGCUAAUGAUCAGGGUAACAGGACGACCCCGUCCUAUGUCGCCUUCACGGACAGCGAGCGUCUCAUCGGCGAUGCCGCCAAGAACCAGGUUGCCAUGAACCCCAUCAACACCGUCUUCGAUGCCAAGCGUUUGAUUGGGAGGAGGUUCAGCGACACGUCCGUGCAGAGCGACAUCAAGCUCUGGCCUUUCAAGGUUGUUGCCGGUCCCGGAGACAAGCCAAUGAUCAACGUUCAAUACAAGGGCGAGGAGAAGCAGUUUGCCGCUGAGGAAAUCUCGUCCAUGGUUCUCAUGAAGAUGCGCGAGAUUGCCGAGGCUUACCUUGGCUCUGCCGUGAAGAAUGCCGUCGUCACCGUUCCUGCUUACUUCAACGACUCCCAGCGCCAGGCCACCAAGGAUGCUGGCGUCAUUGCAGGUCUUAACGUGAUGCGUAUCAUCAACGAGCCUACCGCGGCUGCCAUCGCGUACGGUCUGGACAAAAAGGCCACAAGCGUUGGUGAGAAGAACGUGCUCAUCUUUGAUCUUGGUGGUGGCACCUUCGAUGUCUCUCUUCUGACCAUUGAGGAGGGCAUCUUUGAGGUAAAGGCCACGGCCGGAGACACCCACCUUGGUGGUGAGGAUUUCGACAACAGGAUGGUGAACCACUUCGUUCAGGAGUUCAAGAGGAAGCACAAGAAAGACAUCACCGGAAAUCCUAGGGCACUCAGGCGUUUGAGAACAUCAUGUGAGAGGGCAAAGCGCACCCUCUCGUCCACUGCUCAGACCACGAUUGAGAUCGAUUCACUCUUCGAAGGCAUUGACUUCUACUCCACCAUCACGCGUGCCAGGUUCGAGGAGCUGAACAUGGACCUCUUCAGGAAGUGCAUGGAGCCUGUGGAGAAGUGCUUGAGGGAUGCGAAGAUGGAUAAGAGCUCUAUCCAUGACGUUGUGCUCGUUGGUGGAUCCACUAGGAUCCCGAAGGUGCAGCAGUUGUUGCAGGACUUCUUCAAUGGCAAGGAAUUGUGCAAGAGCAUCAACCCUGAUGAGGCUGUCGCCUACGGUGCUGCCGUUCAGGCUGCCAUCUUGAGCGGGGAGGGCAACGAGAAGGUGCAGGACUUGCUUCUUCUGGAUGUCACUCCUCUGUCCCUUGGUCUGGAGACCGCUGGAGGUGUCAUGACCGUCUUGAUUCCAAGGAACACCACCAUCCCGACCAAGAAAGAACAAGUCUUCUCCACCUACUCAGACAACCAGCCUGGCGUGUUGAUCCAGGUUUAUGAAGGUGAAAGAACGAGAACACGUGAUAACAAUCUUCUCGGCAAGUUCGAGCUCUCUGGCAUCCCUCCUGCUCCUCGUGGUGUCCCUCAGAUCAAUGUGUGCUUUGACAUUGACGCGAACGGUAUCCUGAAUGUGUCUGCCGAGGACAAGACCACCGGCCAGAAGAACAAGAUCACCAUUACUAAUGACAAGGGCAGGUUGAGUAAGGAGGAGAUUGAAAAGAUGGUCCAGGAAGCCGAGAAGUACAAGUCGGAGGACGAGGAGCACAAAAAGAAGGUUGAGUCGAAGAAUGCCCUGGAGAAUUACGCAUACAACAUGAGAAACACCGUCAAGGAUGAGAAGAUCAGCGCCAAGCUUUCCGCUGCUGACAAGAAGAAAAUCGAGGAUGCCAUCGAGGGGGCCAUCCAGUGGCUGGACAGCAAUCAGCUCGCAGAGGCGGACGAGUUUGAGGACAAGAUGAAGGAGCUGGAGAGCAUCUGCAACCCGAUCAUUGCCAAGAUGUACCAGGGAGCUGGUGCAGACAUGGGCGGUGGCAUGGACGAGGAUGGCCCGUCGGUUGGUGGUGGUGCUGGUGCUGGUCCGAAGAUUGAGGAGGUUGACUAAACUAGUGUAUCUCUUGACGGUGAUUCAAGUUGGGGGUUUUGUGAUUCCUGGGUUUGGUUUAAUUGACCAGGAAAAGAUUCUAUAUUUCGAACAUUUUGUCGCGGUUUUUUCUUUCUUGUCUUGCUUAGUUUGAUUUCCUUUUAUUUUCCAUAGGCUCUAUUUUCGGAUAUUGUCUUUCGCUAAUAUACUCUGCAACAUGAAAUGGUUGGUAAAUUGAAGUAUGCCAUUUUUUAUUUCC